AUGAGGUCUCAGACUGGUAACGCGGCUGUAACCAGUUCUUUUCUGUGGUCUUUUGCAAACGUUCUGGAAUUAAAGGAAAACAUGCGUCUAAAAGCACCCUCACUCGAUGCGGCAGCGCAGGCUGAGCUGACUGAAUUUAGUGAUUGGAUACUUGCAGUGGGUAAUGGCACUGCUCCCGUGUCUCGCAGAUUAGAUGAAAGUGAAGCCAGUUGGAUAGAAUUGCCAUUAGAUGUACUGAUCAUGUCUGGUGCUAAUAAAAUCCAGGCUAUUAUUGAUGCUGUUUGUACUGAUUUCACUUCCAUGUAUAGAGACACUUCUUACUUAUGUGGCCGUGCUAUACUGUCCCCCACCAAUGACGUGUGCAAUGAAAUUAAUGAUGUCAUGAUUUCCAUGUUUCCUGGUGAGCAGAGGGAGUAUCUUAGUUGUGACUCUGUAUCGAACGUUUCUGAAAAGUUUAACGAUAUAGACGCGAUCUAUCAGGUUGACCUGCUGAACAGUAUAAAAAUUAACAAUUUUCCUGAGCAUAAGCUGGUUGUCAAAGUUGGUGUGCCAAUCAUGUUGCUCCGUAAUUUAAAUCCGACAGCUGGUCUGUGCAAUGGCACAAGGAUGAUAAUAAUGGAGUUAGGCGAUAGGUUGAUUGAGGCAUGUAUUAUAACCGGUUCUAAUGUUGGUGAGACUGUCUACAUUCCUAGGAUUAUGCUAUCUCACAGGCACAAAAAAUGGGCAUACACGUUGGAGAGGCGUCAGUUUCCCAUACGUGUCUGCUAUGCCAUGACCAUAAAUAAGAGCCAAGGCCAGAGCCUUUCAGCGGUUGGCCUCUACCUCAGGAACCCAGUGUUUUCUCAUGGCCAACUGUAUGUGGCUCUCUCACGUGUAACUUCCAAGAGCGGCCUGAAAGUUCUAAUUGAAGAUGAAUCACAAAACUACUCACGAUGGACGAGGAAUAUUGUCUACCGUGAGAUGGGUUUCGAUUCACUCUCUGACAUUUCUCCGGCUAGCAAGCACUGGUGCGUGAAUGUCCGAGUUGCUCGCAUGUGGGACUACUAUGGGACACGUGAUGGUCAGCCACCAAUUCACGUUGAUCUUGUGCUGAUAGAUGAUAAGGGUAAUGCCAUGUAUGCAGAAAUAGCUGGUACCGAGGCAAAGAAGUUCAAAGACCUGAUUCACGAACAAGGAGUCUACUCUCUUAAAAAAUUCUUUGUGGCUACAAGCAAAUCCUCAUACAAGCCAUUUCCUACUAAAUACAUGAUGAAGUUUGCACCUUGGACAACUGUAAGUGAGAUGCAGUAA